UACUGUAUCAUUCGAGGCAGAACUUUUUAAGUUGUGUCUUUGAUGAAAGAAGUUGUAAUAUUUGGAGAAAUUUUUCUUUGUCCAGAGUAAUUUCUCACGCUUUGCUUAGGAUGAUUGCAUCUCUGUCAACGUACUUGAUCUUUAUAUGGUGUUUUCCUUACUUACUACAUCUUACAAGUGGCCGAGAACAAAAAGUUGCAGAAGUUUCUGAAGUGUCAGGCACGUUCAAAGACGCAUGUGAAACCAUGCCUUCCACAAUCCAGGUGACAAAGGAAGAAUAUGAUGAAUUAGGCAAUGUUGUUAGAGCAUGUGAAGGUACAAUUGCAGUGACGAAAUGCGAAGGCACUUGCACGUCACAGAUUCAACCUAGCGUGGUCACUCCCACAGGAUUUUUAAAGGAUUGUCAUUGCUGUAGGGAAACUUGGAUGAGGCAGAGGGAAAUCUUACUGACAGAUUGCUAUACACAAGACGGUAAAAGAAUUUUCGGACAGCAAGGAACAAUGGUUAUUCACCUGAAGGAACCAGAAGCGUGUAGCUGCCACAAAUGCGGACUUUAAUAUAUGUUAUCUGAUUUUCCUAUUGGAAAGACUGUAAAAGCUUUUUGUGCUUAGCAUAUAUAUUUCAAACUGCCUGCAAAUAUUUUGUUAAAUUAAAAAUUGAUGUAAUUAAUUAUUCAAUAAUUUAUUUUGAUUAUUUUAAAAUGCGUAUGUGAAAAAUAAAAAUGAAAAAAAUA